CGCGUCACUCUCCUGACAUCAGCCCAUGGCUUAAAUACCCGCAACAUCACACGGCGUGAAACACAAACAGACACACCUUCAUGCGGGCGCGCAGGAAACCAAACACACUCCGUAAACUGGACCGAGAAAUCGCUUCAGUGUAAUGCACUCUGUGCUCUCUCAGAAACAUUCAGGAUGUAAUGUUUUGCAGUUGAAUUACCCGGAGUGGCCUUAGCUCUGUCUUUCUAGAAUAAGUUUUCUAAACGCAACACAAAGUCUCCGUGCUUUAACACUCGUGCACCAUAGGCUUUAAUAAUGAUCAACGACUCUCUUGCGUUUUUAGAACUGGACACCAAUGUUUCUGAGCCGCUGCAUCUCUCUCUCAGUCAGAACCACAGUGCGUUCCCUGCACUGAAGUUGGAGUCCACGUCUCUGGUCACCUCAGCCACAAUGUUCGCCGUGGGAGUCCUCGGAAACCUCAUCGCCAUAGUUGUGCUGUGUGUCUCCAAAAAGGAACAAAAGGAAACCACUUUCUACACUCUGGUCUGCGGGAUGGCCAUCACGGAUCUGCUGGGGACAUGCUUUACCAGUCCGGUGGUAAUCGCUACAUACGUGGCGAGCCGCUGGCCAGGAGGAACUUUGCUUUGCCACUUCUUCUCCUUCUCCAUGCUUUUCUUCGGCUCAGCCGGUAUGUCCAUCCUGUGCGCCAUGGCUGUGGAGAGAUACUUAGCCAUAAAUCACGCGUAUUUCUAUUCCCAGCACAUAGAUCGAACAAUGGCGCGAUUUGCGCUCCUGGUAACCUACCUGGCUAACAUUGUACUGUGCAUUAUGCCAAGUUUCGGCUUCGGGAAGCACGUCAGACACUUCCCUGGCACUUGGUGCUUCCUAGACUGGAGAUCGGUGGAUCCACUCGGGGCUUGCUUCUCCUUUCUGUACGGCGGAGUCAUGCUGGUGCUGAUCGCAGUGACACUUUUGUGUAAUUUGGCAGUGUGCAGGUCGCUGGUGGGGAUGAACCAGAGGACAGGAAUAGUCCGGACUGAGCUGUGUGAACAGGGAGGCUCCCGCAGACGCUUCCCUCGACUAUCAUCCGUCACUUCAGCGGCGGAGAUCCAAAUGUUCUGGCUUAUGAUCUUCAUGACCAUCGUUUUCCUGAUCUGCUCCAUCCCUUUAGUGGUGCGAAUAUUUGUAAACCAAAUAUACGACCCAGCCUAUAUUUCUGCCGGGGGGGAACCCGACUAUAGGAGCGACAUGAUGGCAAUCCGCUUCGCCUCAUUUAAUCCCAUAUUAGACCCCUGGGUGUACAUUUUAUGCCGAAAGAAUCUGCUCCUAAAAGGCUGCGAAAAGGUGAAGGGGACAGUUUCCCGUGUUAAGGAUGGCUGUGGCGACAACACCGGCUGGGCAGGAGGUCAAAACUCCCCUCCGUCUUUAAACAGUAACGACACCAGUUACGCGUCUUUGCGCACAGCCAGCUACAAGAACCACGUGGAGCACCAGAUGUCCAUCAAAAAUAAAUCUUUUACAGACUUCGCAAUGAGGCAAGCGUGGGAGUAUGACACCGCCCAGGUCAACUUUCACCCGUUCAGCAUCGAAUCGACCGCGAUCCUCGGCUGUGAGGAGGAAGGGACAACUCAUUCCAAAGUGGAGGCGGGGGCGAAAGUUUCUCCGGGACGCAGCGCAACGCCACUGAUCUCCGCGCACGUUAGAAGAGUGGACAUUGUUACCUGCACCUUCAGCACACCGAGCUCCUGUCUGUCAGCGAAAUGUCUUUGACGGCUUUUUUUUUAAAUUUAUUUUUUAUUUUUUAUCUCACAACACCAGCUGUCAAAUGUUUCUGGCAACUGCAUCAUCUAUCUGCACGGCAAAACUUUCGGUUAAACUGAAAUCAGACUUUACACUGGGACAUUUUGAUCACUUUUGUUGGGUUUGAACCACCAAAAAGCCACAACAUCUCAACGCUUGAACCGAGUCUGUGGCUGAGAGCAGCUCGUUAUUAACACGGUCUCACAUGCGUCUCUGAACUUGAGCAGAAAGAUCUCUAAAAGUGAUAUUGGUUAAAUGCUCAAACUGAAAGCAGCACAGGUACGACAUACCCACCUGACUUUGUAUUUAAUCAACCAAAAUACGGAAAAAUACAUAAUGGCCAGAUCAUGAAAGCUUCAGGUUGUAUAGAUCAUGUGUGCGGUCCACUUGGUGGAUUUUUAAGGAUCAGUGUGUCACUGGUUGUGAUAGUUUAGGGGUUAUAACACCGAGAGUGCUGGAACAAAAUCUGUGCCAUGAAAAUGUCCUAUUGGUUAAUAAGAAUUGUCUGCAUAGUCGGACUUUUUUUCUAGGACGACACAGAAUUUCAGAUUUAGUCUGUGAAUCUUCUAAGUGUGGGAAUUUAAUUUGAAUAUUAACAUACCCCAUGGGUACAUUUUAAAAGAAGUUUGAUCAAUUGUAUCAAUCCACGUGUGCCAUCCAUUAAGUGCUGUUACACUGUAUUUCUGUUGGCUACAUUUCGUUUCUAAACGUACGUGCAGCUAAUUUUCUCUGUGCCAUCUAUCAGUGUUGCAUGAUGCAGGGAAAACUGAGUGUAGACAUUUUGAAUGGCUAAAUAUUUAUAUUGCACAUUUGAAUGUGAUUGGUGUUUUGUUGCCGUAAACGGUCAAUGUGAACAUAUCAAAGUCUAAAAAAAGGAAGGAAAAAAGACAACACUGCAAUUUGUAUGACCUGAGCUGUAUGCUGCGCGUCUUGAUGGAUCUGUGUAGAAAAAUAAAAAUGACCCUGAACACUGGAAACGGAUGAGCUUUAAGAUUAAAGAUCAAUGCAGCUCACAAACAUGUGGCAAACUUAGGACAU